CACUUGGCCCGGCUCCCCGGUCCGCAGGUCCUGUCCUCCCCGCCAUCUGUUGCAGGGCGCGGCGACGCGGAAGGAACAGGCCCCUUUGCCGGCACAGGGGGGUGCAGUACUCGGAGGAACUUGCACUGGUAAAAAGCUAUUCUUGCUCUGAAGAUUUUGUAACAGUCGUCAAAAUGUGGAAUGCUGUGGCUAAAAUCCUAUUAAGGACUAAAGUCCACCAAGACUAUUCACGCACUCUACUGCUAGUGCAAAAGGGCAGGAGUAUUCUUACAAGACCGCCUUCCUCUAGGAAUUGUUGGCAGCAUAUAGCUGGAGCAGUUCAGCCUUUCAACGUGAGUACAAGUAUCCAGAAAGUGGAAGCUUUGGAUGUGAAUAAUUUUGUCCGUAUUCACUGGGAAGAUGGGAGUAAGAGCCUUUACCCUGCUGUAUGGCUAAGAGACAACUGCCAGUGCCCUGACUGCUUCCUGCAUUCUGCUAAAGCACGCAAACUGCUUUUGGAAGACCUGGAUGUUAACAUUGGAGUGAAGGAGGUCAUUUUGACAGAUAGACAAAAGGUGUAUAUUACAUGGCCAGACAAACACACCAGUGAAUUUGAGGCUGAAUGGCUGAAGAAAAGGUGCUUUUCUGAACAAGCCAGAGCAGAAAUGCAAGAAGAAUUAUUUUUACCAGAAUGUAAAUAUUGGGGCUCAGAUCUGCAGCUCCCAAAUAUGUCUUUUGAAGAAGUCUUACACCGUGAUGAAAGUGCCUACAAGUGGCUUUCCACCCUUAAAAAAGUAGGAAUUGUGCUGUUAACAGGAGCUGUCACUAGACAGGGAGAGUUGGUUAAACUUGGCAAAAGGAUUGGUUUCCUGCGUCUCACAUUUUAUGGCCCUACUUGGCAAGUGGAAGACAAAAGGGAUGCUAAUAAUGUGGCUUACACAUCUGGGAAGCUAAGUUUUCACACUGAUUACCCUGUUCUGCAGCAUCCUCCUGGGAUUCAGUUUCUUCAUUGUAUAAAACAAGCAGCUACUGGAGGUGAAAGUGAAGUUGUAGAUGGAUUUCAUGUAUCCAACAAGCUGAAGGAGCAAAAUCCUCAAGCCUUUCAGAUCCUCUCCUCCACCCUUGUAGACUUCACGGAUGUUGGGGUCGACUACUGUGAUUUCACUAUGCAGUCUAAACAGAGGAUUAUAGAUGUAGAUUACAGAGGCCAGGUGGUUCGUAUCAAUUAUAAUAAUGCAACAAGAGACACUGUUUUUGACAUACCUGCUGAAAAAGUGCAGCCGUUUUAUGCAGCUUUGAAGGAAUUUGUUGAUCUAUUGAACAGCCCGGAACAUAAGUUUACCUACAAGAUGAAACCAGGAGACAUAGUAACAUUUGACAACUGGCGUUUACUGCAUGGUCGCCGGAGCUACCAAUCAGGAACAGAAAUAUCCCGUCACCUCGAAGGUGCUUAUGCAGACUGGGAUGUGGUAAUGUCAAGACUCCGACUCCUGAGGAAGAUCGUCCAGAAUGGCAAUUAAGCUUUCUUCUGGUUUAAUAAUUAGCAAUGCCUUGGAUGGUUCAUCUUUGUUUUAAAAAAUACAAAUAUAGUUGAUUUCCACAUUUUAAACCUUCGCUAAUAUAACCUUUGAAAGACUGAAUAUAUUUUUCAAAGGUAUGCUUUGUUGAAAACAAUAUAUCUCGCAGUAUAUCUUUAUUCUGCUGUCAUUGUAAGUGGUAUUACACCCUGCUGUACUAGUCUGAAACUGGUUAGAUACCAAUACACCACAAAUAGGCCUUCCCUUCUCAGAAAUCAGUCUCUCCAGGUGAGGCAUCAAGAAAAGCCUUUCACAUAUCACCCAUUAAGGGUUUGUAAUGGACAGCAGCUUUUUGAGAAUUUUAUAUCUAUUUUCAGAGAUAUAAAACUCGUUUUCUUUAUGCCACCCAAAAAAACAACAACAACAACAAAAGCUUUAGAAUCUGCAGUGAUGUUAACAAGCAAUUCUACUCUGGAAAGUGACUAUUCAAAAAUAGCAUCUUCUUACUCAAUAGAUCUGCUCUUUGUGUAUGUUCAGAGCCACUCCUGCUUAAUUUCACACCCACGAGUAAGUUUUUGUAGUACUUUUUAUUCCAGUUAUGUCUAAAGAGUCCAUACAGCUAUAGGAGAAGAGAUGGACUCAUACCCUUCCUUAUCAGCAGUAGUAUUACAGUACUACCUAACGUCCAGAGAUCAGACCCCUGUUGCAGAGGGUGCUUUGCACAUACGUAGUAGAAGACUCUCCCUGUGCUGAAGAGCUUACAGUCUGUACAGCCAAAGGAAGUGUUUUUGGCCCCAUUUUACAACUAGGAACUGAGGCACUGAGAGAUUCAGUAUGAGAGUCACAUGGGGGACUAGGCUCAGCAUUGCAAAGCCUAACUUUAAGGCACUUCGCCACCAAGUGGAAUUCACAGCCCUGAGUUAGGCACCUGGGCUCCCUAUACAACAAGGGGAGAAUUAGUUGCCUAAAGAUAGGAUUCACAAAAGGCAGCAGAUUGAGCUGGGAGCUGCCCAAGAUAGCCAGUAUGAAAUGCCAAGGAGAGGGGUGUGUCCUAAACCCUGCUCUUCAGUAGAUGGUAGGUGCCUAACUCCAGGCCUAAUGGAGGCAUCUCUCUCCACUUGGGAUUCACAGCCAUGAAGCCUUUCCUGGAAUUCAUUGCCUAAGCCAGGUCAUCCCUUUCUCAAGAAAAACAGAGGAGAAGCCCCCUCCCACCAACACCAACAUCAACCCAGAACAUGGGAGACUCUGGUUCAGUUCUGCCUUCUGUCUCAGAUAUCCAUACUGACCAACAUUUCCAAAAUAAUUUCAGGGAGAUUUGUGGUGGUAUUUAAUUUGCUAAUAAAGCCUAUCUGAAUAGACACACUAUAGAAGUUCCUUUAUAUUAUUACUUUGCUAAAUAAUACUAUAGAUACAUGUAUUUACUUUAUUAAUUAUCUUGUUGAAGUACUGUGAACAUAUCACUCUUGCUUUCUUCAGCCUCUCCUUGCUCGGAUAGAGCUGGUAACAGUACUGUUUGCAAAACAAAUUCAUUUUGGUGGUAAGUACACCCCUUAGUGUCCUAGUUUUGAUUUCAUUUCUCUGAUGGGUGCAAAUUUUUGCACAUAUGCUGAAAAUCCUUUCACAUCCAGCAUUGCUAUGAGACAAAACUCAGAUAGCUUUGGAAAGCAGUGGAAACUGUGGUGUCCCUGACACUGGACUUUUUAGUUCACUCAUCUUGUUGCAAAAAAACGUCACUCGCAUUGAUUCUGUUUCAAAUUAAAACUUCUUUGUUAACUGGGAGGUAACAAAUUCAUUGUUGAGGCUGUCCAUUUCUUCUGUGGGAAUUACUGGAAAGGUUGUCAGUGUCUUCACUAGAAUAGAAAAUUCAUGUCUGCUUCUCUUCCUGAAAUCUAACACAAAGACUAUAAAAUGUCAUCCUUCUCUGAAGUUUUUCCAGAAGAGCUUCCAUAGCUUCGCAUUCAUUCACUUCACAUCAGAGUAAAAACUUUUACUGAUAGUAUCACAAUGAGCACUGCAUUAAAUUUCUUCAGACUUCAGGAAUGGUGAGGCACAAAAUCCAACAAACAAUUUGUUCUCCUCCACUUGGUUUUCUGGAUUUAAGAAAUCUACCUUUGACAAUUCUUUUGUUUCUUUGAGACAUGAUGGCUUUAUGUAUCUUCCAAAGAUCUUUUGGAACAGGUGCAUAAUAGUGUCAUGCAAGCAGUGGGCGAGAGGGGCUUCACUUUGCAGCAUCUCAUACAAACUAUCAAACACAGGCAAAACAUUAUGCAAAAACAGGUAAUACAGUUCAAUUUGUAGAUUUUCAAAGAUUAGUUUGAGAUUUUACACCAGGAUAUGCCUUCAAAGCUAGAUAUUGCUGAAGUAGUCUGGUUAAACAAUGCUGCAAACUUAGCCCUCGACUUAGCACAUGGUCCAAAAAAAUUCUGCUUUCUACACUGCAAAAAUCAUCAAAUUCUUUCAGUAUUUCUUUUCUUUUAGAGCUUCUUGAGAAGUGACCAUAUACUCUAGUUACUGUAUUGUCAACAUCUACUGCUAACAUCUUUGUAGCUUUGUUAGCCACAAUGUGAAUCAGAUGGUAUGGACACCCAACAUUAUAAACCUUGGUUUGCUUUCCUUUUAGUUCUGUAAGAACAGAGUGAUUAACUCCCUUCUUUAUAGAGGCAUUAUCACUGGAGAAUUCUAUUAGAUUCUCCCAUGGAAUGAAAUGUUCUCGAAAGCAUUCAUUUAUCUUCUCAAAUAUGGAUACAUUGAUACCUAUAUUACAUUUAUUUAAAUCUAGAAAUCUCUCCACUACCAUUCCUUCCUCUCCAUUAAAUACCAUACUAGUAACACUAAUUCUUUGCAAGCUUCAUCAUGGAUUGCAUCGAUACAUACCACGAAAGGCUUGGAACAGAUUGCAUCGCCAGAUCCCUUUAAAGCAUUCUCAGCAAAGGCUUGAUCAAUACUGUGUAUUUGUCUUCGAGUGCUGAUCCCUGUGUGUAUUCCACUGUGGGUACAUGUGUUCCAAGCACCUGGAGCAGAAGAAUUUUGAAAGCAGAAUUCGGCAUACCUCUGACCAAGGUGGGCUGACUACGGCUUUCUCUUCCUCAAAAGAUUCUGAACUACGCGAUGAACCAUUAAUUCCUCCUCCAAAACAUGCCUUCCCAGACAGGAGGCCUGAACCAGCUUAGAAUCAACCUCCAUCUCAUCAUCUGCCUCACAGCUGUUAGUACCCCAUGCCAUGAGGACCUCUGCCACCUUCAUCUAAUUCAUUUUAUUGGCCUUAUUCAGAGCCAUGUGACCCUUACCAUCCCUCCAUGCAGGGUCGGCUCCAGGCAUCAGCUUGGCAAGCAGGUGCUUGGGGCGGCCACUCCAGAGAGGGGCGGCAGGUCCAGCUAUUCGGCAGCAAUUCGGCGGACGGACCCUCACUCCCGUCCUUGGAGCAAAGGACCUUCUGCCGAAUUGCUGCCGCAGAUCACGAUCACGAUCGCGGCUUUUUUUUUUUUUUUUGGCUGCUUGGGGCGGCCAAAACCCUGGAGCCGCCCCGCCUCCAUGUCGGUCCAUGUACUAGGGAGCCAUCUCAUCCACCUGUCUGAGAGGGCAACCAGAGCUGCCUCCUAAUCCAGUUGAGGAGGAGGAAGAGGAACACAUGCCGGACCCAGCUGUUCCAUUGGAACCAACAAGAUUGUCAUCUUCAUCCCCAGAUGAGGUGGUGGCUCCGAUGUCUCCAUCCUUCUGAUCGCUAUAAGCAGUUCCAAGAACUUCUUUGUAGAAUUGCAGAGGAGUUUCAGAUUCCUCUUAAGGAAGUUCAGGAUCCUCAGCAUAAGUUCCAGGACAUCCUGCUAUUCUCUGGUUCCAGUCAAAUAGCGCUCCCUGUUAAUAAAGCCAUACUGGAGUCAGCUAGAGUGGUCUGGCAUUCCCCAGUUACUUGUGCCCCUACUCCUAAGAGGGCAGAGAAACAUUACCAUGUCCCAGCAAAGGGCUGGAAUGUCUGUUCUCUCAUGCUGCCGCAAACCCUUUAGUGGUCCAUGGAGAAAUCUAGGCAGCAACACUCAUGAUCUACUCUGACUGAUAAGGAAGGCAAACAUCUUGACUUAUUGCAAAGGAAGGUCUUUUCUUUUUCUAGCCUUCAGUUCAGGACAGCCAACUACCAAGCACUGAUGGCUAAGUACGAUUUCCUGAACUAUUCAGAAUCUGUGGACUUUGCUGAGAAGUUGCCGCAGCAGGACAGAGCUCGUUUUCAGGCUUUUAUAGAAGAAGGCAAGAUUGUUGCCGGGACCAGUCUUCCAUCAGUGGUAGAUGCAUCUGAGACAUCUUCAGGGGUGAUGGCUACAGCCAUUGCAAUGUGCAGGGAAUCAUGGGUUCAUGCUUCAGGGUUUCCCAGGGAGGUUCAGAAACAGUGGAGGAUCUGUCCUUCGAUGACACUUCUAUUUAAUCAUUAGACAGGUGAGUCUUUGCAUAUCCUGAAGGACUCCAGUGCCACCCUCCACUCCCUGGGUGUAUAUACUCCUGCCCCCAAAAGAAAUUUCAUAGACAGUCAGACAAGCCUGAUGGCUCAACCGUUUUACCACCAGAUGUGCCUAAAUGUUGGACUAAAUAAGGAGCCUUCCACCUCAGUGACUUGCCCAGCAUCACACAGAAAGUCUGUGGCAGAGCUGGGAACUGAACCCAGAUCUCCUGGAACCCAGCCCACAAGAAGAUCUUUCCUCUCAUGCACCCUUAAGAGACGGGGCUGAUGGACAUCCUUCUUGCAUGAUAAAAUACCCUCCCCAUUUGUAUUGCAGACUCGCUGUAGAGUCCAGAAAAAUAUGGGACACACAAUGGUAUAUAUAACAGCAAAGUACUGUCAGGUUGCUUGGGUACUAUCCUUCACAGAAAUGAAUUUCCUUUGUUCAGGUUUCAGUUUGGAAAAGGGAGGUUUAAAAAAUAUAUUCUGCUAACCAGCAACAUAUUUUGUCUGUUAGUUUCCUCUCCUCCUCCCCCCACCCCUCAACAACUCAGGAUUACAGAAACAGGUUAUUUUCACACUCCUGAUGUCAGAAUGUGAGAAACUGAGCGAGUUGUUUAGAAUUUGUACUGCAAAUGCACCUCUGCCUCUUUCAAACAUAGCAGAGUGAUUAUGGAAUUAAAUAUCAGUGAAUAGCAUCUGUUCAAUCUACCAAUACUUAGCAGGGGCCUAAAGCAAUACUCCAGGGCCCAAACACCCCAAGCUUCAGAUCACAUCCAGACUUCACAGCUGUCCCAUCUCAGUGUUAGGUCAAACCAAAGCCCUGUCCCUGAAAGCGCAAUAAGGAGUUGGAUUUGGAUGCAGAGACUGUGGCUCAGAUCCAUCUCAAACAAACACUAAAGAGUGAAUUUUGACUUCUCAGAGUUUGGGCAUCAUAUUAUAGUCUGAAGUGACAGCAGAAGCUUGUGAUAUGUCACAAAACCUAGCUUUUAGUAGCUAUCUGAUUCCUCAAUGUUUCCUUCAUUUUCCUUCAAAAAAUGUGCAGGCAGUCUGUUUGUACAUCUCUAUUAAAACUGAAACUGUGAAGCCUGUGAAGCCGGUAGCGCUCGGACAGCCCUUUCCCUGUGGCUGGGAGUGGGAGUGGGAGGGAGGAGGGGGCGGAGUUUGGGCAGGGAAGCGGCGGAGUUGGGGCGGGACUGGGGGUUGGGAAAUGGGUGGGGCCAGGGCCCGUGGAGGGUCCUCUUUUUUUAUUUGUUAGAUAUGGUAACCCUAGUGUGUGGCCUUUAGCAUGUAAGACUGCUACCAUAAAAUCUGAGCUAGUGUCCAGAGAGGUAAAUGACAAAACUCCCAGUGGUGCAGGAUCAAGAGUACAGAAAGCAUGAAUUCAGCCCUUUUGCAGUUGUAAGCUGUGGAUUUGGUUGUGUACAUGUUUCGCAUACAUCUGUGACACCAAGUGGAAAGUAAAUAAAAACAAACUACCUCUCUGGUUCUUA